AUGGCCGAUAUUGUCGAAAACGUGUUGCGAGAAGCAGCUGAAAAAGAGGCGAAAUACAAGACAACAGAAGUUAUAAAGGAUAUAGACCUUGAUAUAGAUGCUGGAAAUCUCUUUACAUACGAUUCAAAUCCGUUUGAUUCGAAAAAAACAAGGUCAAACAGAGAGGCUUUUCUCAAAGAUUUAGCUAGAGACAACACACAAUUGUUAAUAAAUAAAAUUUGGCAGCUACCAACAGAAAGAAUUGAAAAUGUUGUUGUGGCGCAGCUUCCGGGUCCAUCAACUCCUAUUCCAAGAGAAAAACCAGUACCUAAACCCAAACCAGAGACAAAAUGGGAAAAGUAUGCGAAAAUUAAAGGAAUCCAAAACAAAAAGAAGUCAAGAAUGGUUUGGGAUGAAGAAUCGAAGACGUACAAACCUAGGUGGGGCUACAAGCGCGGGAGGGAUGAGACAAAAAGUUUUGCCCUUGUCGUGCCACAGAAUGUUGAUCCUUACGAGGACCAGUUUGCCAAAAAGAUGUCCGAGAAGAAGGAGCGAGUGGCAAAGAAUGAGCUUCAGAGACUCCGAAAUAUUGCCAGGGGACAGGGCAAGAAAGUGCCAGGUGUGGGUCUGACACCAACUGAAACCCCCAACAAGGAUUACCUGAGCAAGGCCCUGGCCGUCGCCAAAACCUCCACUGCAUCCAUUGGCAAGUUCACAGACAAGCUUCCGAAGGAGAAGGCUCCCAAAAACAUGGGCAAGAAAAGGAAGUUUCAGUCAAACCAUGGUGACAUAAAGACAGAAAUGACUCGGCAGAUGGACAUCCUCAACAAUCUCCAUAGUGGCCGGCCGAUAGUGGACAAGACAAAGGCGGCCAAUAUGCAGAACCGAGACUGGGAGUCAGAGAGGUCGAAGAGACGGAGGGAGGACCCAGAACUGCACAGGAAGAAACCCAAGGGGAAACGCAGCAACCAGGGAAAGAAGGGAAACCUCCGUAACUUCAAGGGUGGGAAAAAGGGGCGGGGUGGUGGUGGAGGUGGGAGAGGUGGGAAAAGUUAAAGACCAUGUCAUUACUGUUAUGAUUUGU